AUGGAGGCGACGGUGGUGACGAGCCACCACAUCCGUUCGGUGGGGGGUUUUGGUGAUCACCAAAACGAUGUGGUGCCUCCGAAACGAAGAGGCGUGGCGGUAAAUAAAAAAAUGCACAAACUCUAUAAAGCUAACGGUGAACGGCCUCUUAAGAUAGUAUUUGACGUAAAUACUAACAUGCCGAUUGGGGAGGUGUACGAAUGUUUUAUUCGGGAGGUUGGGAGCUAUAUGUGGCGGGACAUCGGUUUUGAUAAAGACACAUGGACAGAGGUUUCUAAAGCCGAAAGGGUUGGAAUGUUGCAGUAUCUUUCGAGAUGGUUUGAUUUUGACGCGAUUACAAAUCAUCCCAUGGCUUCAACUUAUUGGGUAUCACUGAACAAUCGGAUAUGUGCGCGGUAUAGAGACCGCAAAAAUAUUGCAAAAAACCGUUUUGAUGAUUUUGCAGGGAAUGUGGAGGCAGCAAGGGCUUAA